AUGUCCAGUCAGAACGACCCUAGCCGACCUGAUGAGGGUAGGCAGGAUGGUUUCAGCAAGUAUUUGAAGCGCAUGAAAACGAUCUUAAAAAGAGGUCCAACUGCAAGGAGUUCGAUAUCAAAUAUGCAGGAGAUUACUGAACGACCAGAACCGAGCCAAGUUGCCUCUCCCAGGCCUACCCCCGCCCCAGCGCAGAAGCCCACUGCCAAACCAACUACUCAGCCGACCGUGGUUACGCACUGGAGCGCCAUCCAAGAAGAGAAGGCUCGCGCCCUUUUCGCCAAGUAUGGGCUGACGCUUGAGUCUGGAGAGUGGAGAUCGUCGAGCGACAUGACUGUCCAGCGCGUUGCCAAGCCGAUUCGUAUGAGAGUUCGUCGCACUUGUCAUCGAUGCGAAACUACCUUUGGGCCCGACAAGGUGUGCGUCAAUUGCCAGCAUAUUCGGUGCACCAAGUGUCCGCGCCACACCUCCACCAAACCCAAGGAUCAGGCGCAAAAUGCUCUCGAGGCUAUCCGCGCAGCGCAAGGACAUGAGCCACCUCGACACAUGAGCAAGGAAUCACAACUCGCCAUUCCUUCUCGCACUGGUGGCCAAGACCUCGUCCUCAAACCGAUUCGGCAGAGAGUCCGGCGAACUUGUCAUCGUUGUAAUACUAUGUUUCCUAACAAAGACGUGACGGAAUGCCCUACUUGCAGACACGUACGAUGCAAGAAAUGCCCUCGAGAACCGUAUGCGAGCAUAGUUCAACAACUUGAUAAUAAUCAGCUGAUAAAGGCUAGGUCCAAACCGCAUAAAUACCCGGACGGCUAUCCUGGAGAUGCAGAACCUCCGCCAGAACCGCCUGCACGAACCUGGAAGAAACCACGACAAAGGGUGCACUACACUUGUCACAUAUGUUCUACGCCGUAUCGAUCUCGGGAGACGACCUGCUCGAAUUGCGGCCAGGAGAAGGGAUCGGAGACUAUACGAGACCCGCCGAAAAAAAAUAAACCGGAGCUAGACCCAGAGAAUUUAAGGCGGGUGGAGGAACGACUAGCAAACAUGAGCGCUACCACGUAA